GAACUGUUAAAGGGGCUGUGCAGGUGUCGAUACUCCGGAGAGUUAGAGCAGCCCACGGCCUUUGACAAUAUCACGGAGCAAUCAUAAUUUUAGGAACCUCUUCACAAGUAACAGAAAACACCUUCAUUCGGGAUUUGCAAGCAGGUUUAUCAAGGCGGGGACUAUCACAAUGCUUGAAUUUCCAGAUUUGCCCGAGCCUGGCCAGGUGCCGCCGGAAGUGUUGUGGGCGGGCUCGGGCUGAAGAUGGCCGAGUACCAGGCCGUGCAACGCGGCGCUCUCCGGCUGAAAGGCGUCGCUGAUCUCGGUGUUAAGAAGAAGAAAAAGAAAAAUAAGGAAACCAAGAAAAUGCUGGAACAGAUCACCUCAAACAAGCAGCAACAUGAAGAUGGUGGAGAAAGUAAACGAGCGUCUAUAGACAAGAGGACUCCAGCACAAAAGGCAUUUGACAAGAUGCAGGAGAAACGACAAAUUGAAAGGAUCCUAAAGAAGGCAUCAAAAACCCACAAACAGAGUGUUGAGGAGUUUAACCGACACUUGGAUACCUUGACGGAACAUUACGAUAUUCCUAAAGUCAGCUGGACUAAAUGAGAUGUUUGCAGCUUUGGACAGCAUUUUUAUUGGGGUUCCUCUUUAUUAUUUUCAGUGUUCUUUAUAUCUGUAAUAAACACAAUAGAUUGUCACA